AUGGAGCAGAGUGCUCACCUUCUGGCCCCAACACUGGCAAGGCCCAAGCUCACCACCAAGGCCGACGAGCUCCCCGAAGCUGUCGUCGUCCAGGAUGCGGGUGACGCCAUGGCCGGCUUCGUGGGCCUCCUCCGCCAGCUCGGGGACCUCGCACAGCUCGCCGCGGAGGUGUUCGACGGCCUGCAUGACCAGGCCACGGCGGUGCCUGCACGGGCGUGCGGCCUCGCGCUGGGGGCGCGGCGGCUCGAGGCGGAGCUGCCACUCAUCGAGGAGCGGCUCCGCCGUCGUUGGAAUGGACAGGCUUGUCGAUGCCACGGGCCUCCGCAGCUGUCAAUGCUGGACAAGUAUGAUGCUGGUGGCGAGGGAGCGUGCUUGAAGAGAUACACCGACCCCUCCUUCUUCAGAGCCCACUCUGCACAGCAUGAAUCAGACCUUCAGAGUUCAGACAACCAUUCCAAACCCCCUGCCAAGGAAGCCCACCAUAACAAAUACUCCAAAUUUAAAACAGGCGCAUUGUCCGAUAUGCUCCAACAACUUAAAUAUCGUCACAUGAUCAGAAGAAAGAGGCGUCAAAAGCACAACUUUCAGAAUCAGGGUUCGUCACAAGAUGAAGCAUCUGAACCACACGUUUUGUCUUCAGCUGAUUCGCCUGAAGCAUCAAACUCCGAAGCGCCAUGCCCUGCAGUACCAGCGAACAAGGAGAGGAGCAGUGACCUCGUUGACAGGACCAGUUCGUUCGGGGCAUGGCUCUCUCCAAGUGUAGCCUGUUGUACUGAUGCGUGUGAAAACACACCAGACAAUACUGAUGGAUCUUCCAGCCAUGGCACAAACAAGGCCGACGAGAAUGCCAACAAUGCGACAAAUUCUCGUAGCCCCCUUGUCGACUUCAUCGCCUCAAGGGUCGAAAGCUCGCCGAGCAAGCUAUCUGUCAAGAAGCACAGUGACCCGUUAACAAAAUCCUUCCGGAACAUGGCUAAGAAGCUGCUGCUUGAGUAUGAAUCAGCAGAGAAUUUUCGUAACAGCAAUCUAGUGCAUUCUGAAGACGUACCAGAUCCAGAUGAAGUAGCAUUUUACAGCAAAACCACCAAGGACACUCACCAAGACGCGGCGACCUCGGAGCAAUCCGACGAUCCUUGUGAAUAACCUUGUCCACCAGCUAGCAUCGAUGGAGAAGCAAGCGGCGGUAUCACCGGUCAGAACCCGAAAAGGGACCAAUCAGUGUAUCUUGGCUACCAAUCCGGUAUUCAGCUGCGAUGCUUCUGUGCAUGGUUUUCACCUUCAGUUUCAGAAAAAAAAAUCAGCACCAACCAAAAUUCAACUGUGAUCCUUAUGUUUUCGGUUUGCAUUUCAGCCAAAGGGCUGAAAUAUUCACUUGAAUUCAAUUCAAUAUUUGAAUUUUUUAAAGCAUUUAAAAAAUAUCUGAA